UGAAGGAGCAGCAAGAAGACUCCUGCUUACCUGUCAUCUGUGAUCCCUGUUAAACUCAUGAGUGUUUAUCUUAAAUUAUCUGUCUUUUAGAAGGCCUCCUGUUCAGAGAGGUGAUAUUAUUUUGUGCUAUUUGUUCUACAAGUAUGGACAGCCAGGGAAGGAAAGUGGUGGUCUGUGACAAUGGGACAGGGUUUGUCAAGUGUGGCUUUGCUGGAUCCAACUUCCCGGAGCACAUCUUCCCUGCCAUGGUGGGUCGACCAAUCAUACGAUCAACCACCAAAGUGGGCAACAUUGAAAUAAAGGACUUGAUGAUGGGGGAUGAAGCCAGCAAGUGUCGCUCCUUGCUGGAGGUGUCCUACCCCAUGGAGAAUGGCAUGGUGCGGUGUUGGGAGGACAUGCUCCACCUGUGGGACUACACCUUUGGCCCAGACCGCCUGGACAUCAACCCAUCAGAAUGCAAGAUCCUUCUGACUGAGCCGCCCAUGAACCCCACCAAGAACCGUGAGAAAAUUACUGAGGUCAUGUUUGAGAAGUAUAAUUUCCAUGGCAUCUAUGUGGCGAUUCAGGCCGUCCUCACUCUGUACGCUCAGGGUUUGCUUACGGGUGUAGUUAUUGACUCAGGAGAUGGCGUCACCCACAUCUGUCCAGUGUACGAGGGCUUUUCCCUUCCUCACCUCACACGCAGGCUGGAUAUUGCAGGACGUGACAUCACACGCUACCUCAUUAAGCUCCUGCUGCUCCGUGGAUAUGCCUUCAACCAUUCGGCUGACUUUGAGACUGUGCGGAUGUUGAAGGAGAAGCUCUGUUAUGUAGGGUACAACAUCGAGCAAGAGCAGCGUCUGGCCACAGAGACAACCUUCCUGGUGGAGUCCUACACACUCCCCGACGGUCGGCAGGUGAAUGUAGGCGGUGAACGAUUCGGGGCCCCUGAAGCUCUUUUCCAGCCUCAUCUCAUCAACGUGGAGGGAGCAGGGGUUGCUGAGCUGCUCUUCAACACCAUCCAGGCUGCAGAUAUUGACCUCAGGGCCGACUUCUACAAGCACAUUGUUCUGUCAGGGGGGACCACAAUGUACCCAGGCCUUCCAUCCAGACUAGAAAGAGAGAUCAAGCAGCUCUACCUGGAGAGGGUGCUUGAUGGAGACACUGAAAAACUAUCUAAGUUCAAGAUCCGAAUCGAGGACCCUCCCAGACGUAAACACAUGGUGUUCCUGGGCGGCGCUGUGCUGGCUAACAUCAUGAAAGACAAGGAUUCCUUCUGGCUGAGCAGAAAGGAGUACCAGGAGAAAGGUCUGGGAGUGCUGCAGAAGCUUGGAAGUGGAGUCAGAUGAAACAAGAAGAAAGUAAAACCAAAAAUUGGGAAAAAAAAAACUCUUUCAUCCACUCUCUCUGCCUUGCUUCCUGUAAAAGCCUGUACUUGCAUUAUUACCUCUUAAUUAAAUCUGAUUGUGAUGAAACAAUUUAUUAUUUGGUUAAUAAAAACCCUACAACUUAUUGGGUAAUUCAUUUUUAUCCAAUAAAUAAAUAAAUAAUAAAGUUAAAAAAUUAAGAAAAUAAAAAAAUCUUAUCAGGUCGUUUUUUACACUGCGUUACACUGACUGGUUGUUUGUCUUUGGAAAGCUAGAUUAAUGGGCAUUUUACCCUAUUGUGUGACUUUUUACAGGUUAAUGAAAUAUUGUUUCUCUUAGAAAUAUCAAGCAAAUUCAUACUGAAAGCUGAUUUCCACCAAAUCAAUAAGUAAUUUAUUCUGCAUUUUCUUUUUGAGCAGAAUGAACAGCAGAAUCUUGAAUAGCCAGACAAUAAAAAGUCUUUCUGAAAUGCAGUUUA